AUGUUGUGCGAAGGUGACUACCCGCAAAAUACAACUUUUUAUGCAGGAGGUGCUUGCAAACUAGUGCCUCGACGCAACGUUAGAAGAAUGCUGCGGGUGAAAGGUGGCUGCAUUGAAAGAACCCCAGGAGGGCGGAAACCCAUUCCGGCAAAUCGGCGCCUCUCACGACCGCCCGCGCCGCCGUGCCUGGACCGCCCCGGGGGUCGCACCUGCGCUGCGACCUCUUCGGGGCGGCUGGACGACCUCGCUGAACCGCCGCAUCGAGCGAGCAAAUCUCGGUCACACGCCGCGGCUGUCGCCUCGCGAUCCGGCGGACUACGCAUCGUCGAUUGCCGGCGGGUCGCGCUGAAAGCCGUGACGAUGGCCGCGCACGUAGGGGGCGAUGACAGCCAUAUGCAACAGAAGGAAGUCGCGAAUGAAGGGAAGUUAGAUGGCUCGUCAGGUAAGGCGCCCGACGGCUCGCUGCGCACCUUCCCCAACGCGUGCAGCAUGCGGGCGACCAAGGAGGAGACGCACGUCGAAAUGAUCGACAUAAAUAAA